AUGCAGCUCUCACGCAGGCAUGUGCGUGAGGAGCUGGGGGUGGUGUCUGAGCGCAUGCGCCGCUCCAUCGUCACCGACAUCCCUGCCCUGGGCUCCGCGGCCGACUACUUCUUCCGCCUGGGCGCCGACGGCAAGCGCCUGCGCAGCACGGUGCUCCUGCUCCUGGCGACGCGGCUGGCCCCCGCGCCGCCAGACCUCGCGCGGCUGGAGCGCCUGGCGGAGAUCACGGAGCUCAUCCACAUCGCCUCGCUCCUGCACGACGACGUGAUCGACGAGGCAGGGACGCGGCGCGGCGUGUCGGCCGCCAACGCCGUGUUCGGGAACAAGGUGGCCAUCCUGGCGGGAGACUUCCUGCUGGCGCGGGCGUCGGUGUCGCUGGCCUCGCUGCGCGACACGCGCGUGAUCGAGCUGAUGAGCGCCUGCCUGGAGAGCCUGGUGGCGGGCGAGAUCCUGCAGCUGACCGCCGACCCGGAGCAGGCGCUGUGCCUGGACCACUACCUGCGCAAGACCUACUGCAAGACCGCCUCGCUCAUGGCCAACUCCGCGCGCUCCGUCGCACUGCUGGGGCCGGAGCCCGGCCCCGAUGCCGCACAGGCGGCCUGGGACUACGGCCGCGCGCUGGGCCUGGCCUUCCAGCUCGUGGACGACGUGCUGGACUUCACCGCCUCCGCCGACGAGCUGGGCAAGCCCGCGCUGAACGACCUGCGCUCAGGCCUGGCCACCGCGCCCGUGCUCUACGCGGUGCAGGCCAGCGAGCCGCUGCGCGCGCUGGCACGCCGGCGCUUUGCCGCGCCGGGCGACGUCGACGCCGCGCUGGCCAUCGUGGCCGCAGGGGACGGCCUGGCGCGCGCGCGGCGCCUGGCCGCAGACCACGCCGACCUGGCGGUGCAGGCGCUGGGCAGGCUGCCGCCGCCGGCCUGCGAGGAGGCAGGGGCUGCUCACGCUGCCCUGCUGGAGCUCACCGCCCGCGUGCUCAGCCGGCGGAGCUGA